UUCGAUAAUUAUCGAAUUUAAAAAUUGCGACGAAAGCAAAAUUCCGAUAUCUUUGCCAGCUCCGCCACGCUUGUUGACGGCGCGUGGUCUCCGCCUCCUGCGUUUCCUCCUUUCUCCCCCAGCAAAUCUGAAACUGCAACAGUCGCAGAUCUCUCCUACGUAGCGACUACGUGGAUGAUCCACUGCUAAGUUCAGGUGAAAUCGGAACCCAUGUCUCUCUCUCUGUCCUCGUCUUCGGCUGCGGCGGCGUCGUCGUCAUCGGCGUCUCCGGCAGCUGUUACAUCUUCUUCCGCGGCAUCGUCGACGAAGUCUUGGUUCUCCGGCAUCGUUCGCGGUCGUGGCGAUAAAUCUGGCGGCACGAACCUGUCCAAGAGCUCUUCCGUCCUCUCCGGCGGCGGAAGCGGUGAUUACGGUGGACCCAUCAAGGGGAAGAACCAAUUUCGCGGUGUUCUGUUUAAAUACGGGCCGAAACCCAUUCAGGUGGCCUUUAAGACUGGAGACUAUAAACAGCAAGUGAUAUUUAUCGGCGGAUUGACAGAUGGAUUUCUGGGUACCGAAUACUUGGAACCUCUUGCAAUUGCUUUGGACAAGGAAAAGUGGUCUCUUGUUCAACUACUUAUGUCUUCUUCGUAUUCCGGUUAUGGCACUUCCAGCUUGAAACAAGACUCGCAAGAAAUCGAUCAGCUAAUAGGCUAUCUAAUCAACAAAGAGAACUCUGAAGGUGUUGUUCUACUUGGUCACAGCACUGGCUGUCAGGACAUUGUGCAUUAUAUGCAUACAAAUGCUGCGUGCUCCCGAGCAGUCCAAGCUGUGAUUUUGCAGGCACCUGUUAGUGACCGAGAGUACAGGGCAACUCUUCCUGAAACGGCUGCUAUGAUAGACUUGGCUGCAAACAUGAUAAAAGAAGAUCGGGCAGAGGAACUGAUGCCUAGAGAAGCAGAACCUUCUGCCCCAAUUACAGCGUAUAGGUACCAUUCUCUUUGUGCGUACAUGGGAGAUGAUGAUAUGUUUAGUUCUGACCUUAGCGAUGACCAGUUGAAAACUAGACUCGGGCACAUGGCAAACACACCAUGCCAGGUGAUCUUCUCCAUGGCUGAUGAAUAUGUACCAGACUAUGUUGACAAAAAGGCAUUGGUCGAUAGAUUAUGCAGAGCAAUGGGAGGUGCGGAGAAAGUGGAGGUAGAACAUGGCAAUCACUCGCUUUCCAACAGAGUUCACGAAGCUGUCCAAUCCAUUCUCCACUUUGUCAAGCGAGAAGGGCUUUGUGGUUGGGAUGAUCCCUGGAGUUAGUUAAACAGCACCCCCAGGUCCUUGAUUGGCGUUUGACGAUCUGCGUUUAGCGUUUAGCGUUUAGGGGGUCAAACUUUAAAGUUUAAAGGAAUGAAUCUGGACUUGUAAUGAUGGUGCAGGUCGUUCCAUGUUGUUGUCCAAAAGGCUUAAUAUGUUCCGUACUGGCAAUGGGCCAAUGGCAAUGAGCUACCUUGUUACUU